AUGGACCCCCUCAACUCCUGCGAAGCAGGAGCAACCAGGGUCUGGGGCGGAGCCCCAGCCGCCGGAGGCACACCCCACCAGAAGCUAACGUAUCGCAGGGCCUUUUCCACCUCGAAGCAGGCAUCCAACUACUCGCAGACCAUCAACAACCUCAAGAUCAACUCGGAGACCAAGGUGUUGUUCCAGGGUUUCACCGGUAAGCAGGGCACUUUCCACGCCCAACAGGCUCUUGACUACGGUACCAAGAUUGUCGGUGGUACCAAUCCUAAGAAGGCCGGUCAGACUCAUUUGGGUCUUCCUAUUUUCGGCACUCUUGCUGAGGGUAUUAAGGAGACUGGCGCCAGUGCUUCGGCUAUUUUUGUCCCUCCUUCGGCUGCUGCUGCUGGUAUUAUGGAGGCCAUUGAGGCCGAGAUUCCUCUUGUUGUUUGUAUCACCGAGGGUAUUCCUCAACACGAUAUGGUCAAGGUCGUUGAUGCUUUAAAGACCCAGAGCAAGACCAGAUUAGUCGGACCCAACUGUCCUGGUAUCAUUGCUCCUGAUCAAUGUAAGAUCGGUAUCAUGCCUUCUUCUAUCCACAAGCGUGGUAGAAUCGGUAUUGUCUCUCGUUCCGGUACUCUUACCUACGAGGCUGUCAACCAAACCACUAAUGUCGGUCUUGGUCAAUCUCUUGUCAUUGGUAUUGGUGGUGAUCCAUUCUCCGGUACCAAUUUCAUUGAUGCUCUUAAGGUAUUCUUGGAAGACGAGCAAACCGACGGUAUCAUCAUGAUCGGAGAGAUCGGUGGUUCUGCCGAGGAAGACGCUGCCGAGUUCCUUAAGGAAUUCAACCAAACCCGAGCCCAACCCAAGCCCGUGUGCUCGUUCAUUGCCGGUAUCUCUGCUCCUCCCGGCCGUCGUAUGGGCCACGCCGGAGCCAUCAUCUCCGGCGGCAAGGGUGGUGCCGAGUCCAAGAUCAAGGCUCUCGAGGCCGCCGGUGUCGCUGUCGAGCGUUCUCCCGCCAGACUCGGUAAGACCCUCUACGACCAAUUCGUCAAGAACGAUCUCUUGUAA